CGUCUUAAGUUGAUUUUUAUCUCACAGACUCUCUGGGAAUAAGUCCACCAGCUUGCCUCACUCUGAACUAUUCAGACCUUACUGGAAGCACCCACUUUCUUAUGGGAAGGUUUGGGGAGAGCAACAAAGAGCAGCUCACAGAAUCCGAGGAGUAGAAGAAGGAGCAGAAACAGGAGCAGAGAGAUUGAUAGUAAAGGACGUGCAUAGAUGUGUGUAACUAUGAAGGCUUUUUGCUGUGUGCUGCUGUGGGUCACUCUGGUCUUUCUGUCUGUGACGAACUCUCAGUCACCUGUGGAGACUGGAACUUACACGGAGUGCACAGAUGGCUAUGAGUGGGAUGCGCAGAACCAACACUGUAAAGACAUAAAUGAGUGUGAGACGAUUUCAGAGCCAUGUCAGGGGGAGAUGAAAUGCUUUAACCACUACGGGGGUUACCUGUGUCUACCACGCUCUGCCUCUGUCAUCACUGCCCCCGAGCCUGCUGGCCAGCCAGAGCUCAGUGUUCCUGGUGUGUCCAAUGGGGCUUUCAGUCCCUGUCCUGUGGGCUAUGAGGCCCAGGGAGAGAGCUGUAUAGAUGUAGAUGAGUGCGAACUGAACCUGCAUGACUGCCAGCCGAGUCAGCACUGCAUUAACACACUCGGAACGUACACCUGCCAGUGUCCCGAUGGCUACAGAAAGAUAGGCCAGGAGUGUGUCGAUAUUGAUGAGUGCAUGUAUCGCUACUGCCAGCAUCGCUGUGUCAAUUAUCCUGGAUCUUUCUCCUGCCAGUGUGAGCCAGGCUUCCGGCUUGCAGGGAACAACCGCUCCUGUGUGGAUGUAAACGAAUGUGAAAUGGGAGCACCGUGUCAGCAGAGGUGCUACAACACUUAUGGGACAUUUCUGUGUCGUUGUGAACAAGGCUACGAGCUUGACUCCGAUGGCUUCACAUGCAAUGACAUUGAUGAGUGCAGCUACUCCAGUUAUCUGUGUCAGUUCCAGUGUGUGAACGAACCAGGCCGAUUUUCCUGUGUGUGUCCUCAGGGAUAUCAGCUACUCGGCUCACGCCUCUGCCAAGAUGUGAAUGAGUGUGAGUCAGGCACCCAACAGUGUACAGAGGGACAGAGCUGUGUGAAUAUUCACGGAGGAUACCAGUGUGUGGACUCCAAUCGCUGCCGUGAUCCUUACAUCCAUGUUUCAGAGAAUCGAUGUGUGUGUCCGUCGGUGAAACCGGAAUGCCGUGACCUGCCUUUCUCCAUCGUGCACCGCUACAUGAGUAUCACCUCUGAACGCUCUGUGCCCUCUGACAUCUUCCAAAUCCAGGCCACCAGUGUCUACCCCGGAGCCUACAACACCUUUCACAUCCGCUCUGGUGAUGAUGCAGGAGACUUUUACAUCAGGCAAAUCAAUAAUGUCAGCGCCAUGUUGGUUCUGGCUCGGGAAGUCAGCGGACCCAAAGAGUAUACUCUGGACCUGGAGAUGGUGUCCGUCAACCCCCUGAUAAGCUAUCAGAGUAGCUCAAUCCUUCGCCUCUCCAUCAGUGUUGGACCUUAUGCUUUCUAAAAAAGAAAAAAGAUACCAAGGAUAAGCUGGGAAGUGUGAGGUGCUGUUAUAAAUAGAACAGUUUUGAAGGAUGUCUUCAUAACGGCUUUCGUAACAUCUUACUUAAACUAAAUUUUGCUUUCAUGAUUUUUACAGGGUCAUCCGUUCAUUGUAGAUUGUAGAAUGGUGUGAAUGGAUUUCGACUACUUAACGUUUCUUUCGAGAGAAUCAGAUAAUCCAGGAAGAUGCAUGUCUAUUUUGGUUGUAAUGGAGAAUCGAAUUGAAAAUAGUAAAGUAUAGGACGCCAUUUAUUUAAAAAAAAAUCUUUCCCAGGAAACCAGUCAGGUAAUGUUUAUGUAAGAUGCGGUGAAUUUGACACAACCUUCAUAAUAAAGUGUUACCUGAUAGAAAAUAGACAAGUGUGCGUGGUGAAGUGAAGACAGCACUGAGAGGUCUGAAAUUUGGCACAGCUGUCUGGGAAAUUAUCCCACCGCACACCCUCCCCCCCACCCCCUGCCCCCCGCCGGCUGUGUGACUUACUUUAGCCUGAUUAUUCUGGAAUGUGUGAAAUCAUAGGUACAUUCAUUUCUCUCACUUUCUCACCACACACACACACACACACACAAAACACACACACACUUGUCGUUGUGUUCUUGUUAUGACCAUAGAUUGACAUAAUUAGUCCAGUUAAUUAAAGUUAUGCCUAAAGAUAGAUUUAAUCCUUACCUUAACCUCAGUAGAGGUUUUUUAGCUUCUUAUUUUUGACUGUCAUAUAUUCCUAGGCUUGCCGGUGCAUUUGAUCCCCAACAAGAUAUAAAAACAUCCACCUAAAUCUGCUAUUCUCCAAACACACACACACACACAAUUACACACUUUCACACACACUAAACCAUGACGGAUUCAUUCAGAAUGAGCCUCUAUGUUUUUCAGUUAUCUCCCAGAGAGUUAAAGUAUCUAUGAUUGUUCUACUUUCCAGGUUUACUUGAAACUUACUGUUUCAGUAAACAGAAGGAACACGUCCUUUACUAACGAUCCCUCACUGAACUCCUGAUCAUCACUUAUUCCACAGCAUGGAACUGAUGAUGGGAAAACACACCACUAUUUGAUCGUGAUCAUUUUAAAGAGGGUUGUGUAAAAUAGUUUUGUAUUUGCUGUUGUUUAUCUUAGUUAUUGGAACAGACGGAGAUAUGCGUUUUAAAAGUCUCACCAGGUACUUGUUUUGUUUUUCUUUACUAGUUUCAUUUAUAUUUUACUAAUUCACCAGGUGCUUUUACGUGUAGCUGAGAUGAUGAUGAAGGUUAAGAUCUUUGCUCAGGAUCCCAACAGUGGCAGAUUUGAACUUCUGGUCAGUAGACCAAAGCCUUAAUCACUAAGCCAGUAUCACUCACCUGUUGUCCUAUAUCUCUUACUGAAAUAUUCUAUUUAUCAUGUGUAGCAUAUUGAACAAUACAAUGUCUGUGUAGUUUGUCAUUAGAAAACGGAAAAAUCCACAUAAAUGGCUGUGUUUAUAUCCUCAUUAAGGAGAUCCAGAUUAAAUAAAUAUGCUUUUUUAAACUCAG